AUGAAGGCUUGUUGUUCGGAAAAGUGCUUCAAGGGUGGUCCAAAUGGAAUGAGUGGUGGAUUGCGGUUUAAGGAUCAUGAUCAUCACGAUCUUGACGUGAGUAGUUCCAUAAUCGAAGAAGGUACAAAACAAGAUACGAAAUUGGUGAAUAGCGAUGAGUCAGUGAUCAGCAAUAGUCGACCCAAGAAAAGGAUUCAGAUAGAAGAUGUUGAAAGUUCGUAUUUCCGUCAACAGAGUGAAGAAUUGGUUGGGAACAGUAAUGAUUCGAGUAUUGUUGACGAUGAUGAAAAGAAAGAGGGUACUCUGAGAAAUCGUCCAGGAAAAGCUCUUCAUGAGAUUAAGAAAUUGAAGGAAUUCGGGAAGAAAAGAAAAGAGUUUAAACCCAAGAAACGAAUACGAAAGGUGAAACCUUCUUCUGUGAGCCGCAGGUGCCUUCUUUCUUCCCUAAUCCAAAGAAAAAUUGUGUUAAGUGGUUCAAGAGUAGCUUAUCUUAACAGACUAGAUGAUCAUAUUAUGGCAUCCGGACGUAUAUAUGAGAAGGGAAUUCAGUGUGAUUGUUGCAAUAUGUUUUUUCUGCUAAGCAAAUUCGAGUCUCAUGCUGGAAGUACAUAUCGUAGACCAUCAACCAUGAUAUUUCUAGAUGAUGGGAGGUCUCUAUUGGAUUGUCAAACACAGUUAAACCUAGAAACCGAAGUUGAUAUAGUCACUAAAUCUACAAAAUCAUCUGAUCAUGCGAUAUCUGGCCAAGAUGAGUUUUGUUCUUUUUGCAGCGAUGGUGGUGAUUUAUUGUUAUGUGAUUCUUGUACUUCUUCUUAUCAUUCAUCUUGUAUUAGAUUGAAUGGAGUUCCUGAUUCUGAGUACUGGUUCUGCCCAUCUUGCUGUUGUGGGAUUUGUCUUCAAGGUCAUGAUCAUGACCGAAUUACGUGUGAACAAUGUGAGCGCCAUUUCCAAAUUGAUUGCCUGAAAAAAGAAGGGCUUUCAAUGUCUUCUGAUGGUAAUAAAACGUUCUGUUCUAAAAAAUGUGAAGGAAUAUCUUUCGGCCUAAUGGGGAUUUAUGGCAUAUGA